AUGAACGCCUGGCAGCGGUCUGGGGGAGAAAUUGAAAGUGAGGAGGCAGCGGAGAGGCUGUUAGGAACUCCUGGCACAGUGGCUUCCACGUUACCACACAACAAAGAGCUCAAGGAGAUCGAGAAAGAGAUUAAAUUUUCCCACAGUCAGAUUACUCACCUCUACAGCUGGAUCACCAGCCUGGACAAAGGACAGAAAAGGACUGCAAGCUGGGGAACAUUUCCAGAGCAUUCCAGAACAGAGAGGGUUUCGUGCCAAGAAGCAGAACUUGCUAUCAACCCACUGUGGGGCUGGAUCAUCAAUGCCUUUUCAGAGGAAGAGAACCAAAUAAACUUCGGUGGAUUCAUGAGAAUUUUGUCUCAUUUCCUAUCACUGAGGGUAAUGAAACCCAUCUCGCCAACCUCCCCCCCCCCACCAAAUAAAUUUGUCAAUGAACCAAGACCACUCAACAGCCAAAGCAACAAGCUGCACUUGGCUUUCAGACUAUACAAAUUGAAUAAAGAUGACAAGAUCCCCCAUGAUGAGAUGUUGCAGGGGUUCUGCAUGGUGAUUGGAUUAAAUGCCUCACAUGGGGGUCUGAGGAAAUGGCUCAGUGAUUAA